ACAUGCAGCAUGCAUGCAGUCCAUGGCCAAGCUAAGCAGAGGUAUUUAUCUGUUUAUGGAGGCACAUUAGACUACUGCUGUUUCUGCCGUAUCUGCCUCAUUACAUCACCGGUAGACAUUACAACGCCUCAAGUUCGUGAGAAAUGGAGACGCAGACCGGCCAAGCAAGGAUGGGAGCUCCGGGUUCCUUGAGAACAGCCCAUGCUAUCAAUGAAAGGGAGAGAACCAGUGAUGUUUUGACUGAAGAGAACAGCAAUGUUGACUUCUCAUCUAUGUUCCUUUCCGAACCCGUGACGGCCGGAUUACAGAAAGUUGGUUUUGAGAAACCUUCACCUAUUCAAUUAAAGGCAAUACCACUUGGGAGAUGCGGUUUAGACUUGAUUGUCCAGGCUAAGUCUGGCACAGGGAAGACGUGUGUGUUCAGUGUCAUAGCUCUAGAGGGAAUAGAUCUCACCAAUCCAUCUACUCAGGUUCUGAUUCUAGCCCCCACGAGAGAGAUUGCAGUCCAGAUUCAAGACACUAUUCGAGCUAUAGGAUGUGAGAUGGAGGGACUACGUUCUCAUGUGUUUAUCGGAGGUACUCUAUUUGGACCAGACAGGCAGAAGUUGAAGAAGUGUCACAUAGCUGUUGGUACACCAGGUCGUAUCAAACAGCUAAUUGAGUAUGAAGUAUUGAAGACCGGAACUAUCAGGCUUUUUGUCUUGGAUGAAGCAGACAAACUACUUGAUGAUACAUUUCAGGAGCAAGUCAAUUGGAUUUACAACCACCUUUCAGAUAACAAGCAGAUGUUAGCACUCUCUGCAACCUACCCCGAGUACCUUGCCAAACAUCUCACUAAAUAUAUGAGAGAACCUAUGUUUGUUCGACUCAAUCCAAAGGAUCUCGCAUUAAGAGGCAUCAAGCAGUUGUAUGUGGAGUUACCUGGCCACUCUCUUCCUAACAAAGCAUUUGAGAUCAAGGUUAUCAAACUGCUGAAAAUCCUGACUCAAGUAUCCUUCAAUCAAUGUCUCAUCUUCUCCAACUUACAGACAAGGGCUCAGAAUCUAUGUGACAUCCUCUGUGACUCUGGUUGGCCUAGUGAGUGUAUAUCAGGUGCACAGGAGCAGUCUCAACGACUCAGUGCUAUGGCCAAGCUAAAGAAAUUCCAGUGUCGGAUCCUCAUCUCUACAGAUCUAACUGCCAGAGGUAUCGAUGCUGAGAAUGUCAACCUGAUCAUCAACCUAGACAUUCCAACCGACACCAAGACCUACCUUCAUCGCAUUGGGAGGGCGGGGCGCUUCGGUACCCAUGGAGCUGCUAUCAGCCUUGCUUCCAAGGGUAGGGAGAUGGAACUACUCAGGAAUAUCCAGCGUCAGUGUCGAGUGACAAUGACAGAGCUACCUGAUCCUCCUCCAUCUGAUUUGCUGAAGCAGGACCACAACUCAACGGGACUUCAACGGGUUUCUAUUACACCACAUUCUCUCCUCCCUGCAGCCAAGAUGGAUUCUACAAGAAAUACCACCACAGAUGAUCUGGAAAACAAUGCUACUGCUAAAACAUCAGAUGAUGCUUUGUUGACUUCCUCAGUUGUGAAUAAAGAAGAAGACCCCAUGCCAAAAUCUGUUAUCGCAAAUGGGACGGAUGAACAACAUUCACUCCAUAUGGGAAUCAAUGGGAGUUGUCACAAGAUGGAAGAUAGUGCUGAUAGUUUAGCGGAUAGGAAGACAACAAAGAUUGUGGAAAGUAUGGUGAACCAAAAUCCUAUACCAAAGACUAGAAGAGGAGUCCAUGAACCACAGAAAGUUGAUGCAUGUAUCCAAACUAUGCAGGAAGAUGUUGUUCAACCAAAGGCCAAGACAUCACAGAUAAGAUACGUUACUGGAAGUGGGGAUCACAAAGACAGACCGACAUUACCGAUUGGCUUUGAAGAUGCCCCAGAAGUGAGGAAGCUCAGUCUUCCUCAAGUGUCCCAUAUUAAAAGAGGAGAUGGAUCAAGAAGAGCUCGUACCUGGUAUGAAGGUAAAGAAUCGUUUGAAAAGUUCAUGAAGGGUCAAACAGUGGAGACUAAAGGUCAAGGGUCAGAAGAUGACAGGGUAGACAAGGAGACGGAUGUCAUUGAGCAGACAGUGAAAAAUGACAAGGAACUGUCGGUUGAAAUAUCACAGUUAGAAGGUGAAGAAAAUGAUGCAGAUGUGACUUCUAGAAACUCUCAUGUCACAUCAAGCAAUGAUCUCAAUAUUGGUGAUGACUAUCAGAACAAAUACAAAGAUGAAGUCUACAAUGGGAGUGGAAAUGCAGAUCAUGAAAUUGCGCAGAAAAGGAUCUCUGGCUUAACACCCAUCCAAGAGAUAGAGAGGUACAGGGGUCUACUCUGUGAUACAUUUAUACGCAAUCACUUAGGAAGGGGAGACAACUCUACUUUGAUCAAACUUGAACAUCAUGAUGAGGCAAUUACAGCUGUAACAGAGGCAAAAGAGACAGAGUCAGUAGAAAGUGUGACUCCUUUAAUGGACAUUUCUUCAGUCGUGAACAAGCAAGUGGCAAGAAAGUUAGGAGAUAAGCAAGAUGCAAAACAGACCCAGUGCACAUCAAAAGUAACCAAAGACAUUCAAGAAAGCGAUGAGACAGUCAAAGUUCCACAGGUUGAAAGUAGGCUUCAUCACCAAGUCUCCAAUGGUUCCCCAGACAUCCGAUCAAGGAAUGAACCUGAAACAGAAACUAAACCAAAGGCUAGGAAUACUACAGGAGGAAAGAAGAAAGGGAAGCAGCAAAGAAUCAAACAACAUGUCUUUCAGAUGAGUACCCUCGGUGCUCUGAUGUCUCCCAAAGAACUUGAUGUAGCUCUCAUCAGCAAUCCAAAUACCAGCUUGUGUGAUGGUGAUUUGGACACUAAUGAUACUGACAGAGAAAAAGUUGAAAGAUUUCCUUUGUGUAACAAGAUAAAUGUGACACAUCAAGUUCAUCAUGCAAAAAAUGGUUAUGAAGAAAGCCAAAUUCCAGAAUCGGGUGAAAGAGAAACCUUGAAGGACAAACAAGUGAGAACAUCAGUUCAGAAAAGUCUUUCCCUAGAAAAUGACAGUUCUGUGUCAUCAUUAGAUGACCCUGUGUGGGCAAUUUUCAAAAAUUUCAUUCCAGCAUGUCUUCCAUCAGAAGUUGGUAGAAAGGACGCCACACUGUCAGAUCAGUCUUCAAGCAGUUUGUGUGAGAGUAACACAAGCACUUGUAGCUCUUCUUCAAGUGAAACUGAUAGUGGAAGCAGCGGUACCAAUGGAGAAGAAGAGGAAGACGGCAAGGAGGCAUCUGAGAGCAACCGCAAGAAUAAGUGGAAAGGAAAGGAACCUGCAAGAAAUGGGAGUGGAAAGCACCACAUGGGGUUAAAUCAAGCCAAAGCAAAGGAGAAGAAUCUUUCUAAAGCUAAUAGCAGCUACAAUGAAGAAAAGCACUACUGUGAAGGACAAAAUAAAUAUCCACAAUGUCCAGAUGAUCCUAGUUGGACAACUGAACAAUUUCCAAUCAACCAAGCUGUAAUGUAGAGGGUUGGGAGUAUGAUGGAAGCUAUGAUUACUAUGCUGCUGCUCCAAUACCUGGAGCUGCAUACCAUGGAAGGCCAUACUCAAGUUACUCGCCUCAGGGAUACACAAAUAGUUAUUGGAAUGACUAUUACCAUGGAUAUGCCCAACAA